CACUCCCAGCUUCUGACGGUCAUGAAACUCCUCAGAGCAUUGCUGCUGUUGAUGCUCUGGCUGGUUGGUCCUGGCCAUACAGAGGAAGCCUUCGAAUGUCCAGCGCAGUCUCGUCUCCAGCCCAUUUGUCAGAUGAAACUGGGCUCUCAAUGUUCCACUGAUGAUGACUGCGAUAUCUGGCAAAGGUGUUGUGAGACCGGAUGUGGGAGGAGAUGUGUCAUGAGUUUCAAGCCUGGAGACCACAGAUCCACGUGUCCAGAUGGGACCAGACUGCAUUACGUCUGUCGAAUGAACUUCACCUCUCCCUGCGACGGGAACAAUUCCUGUGGUCACUGGGCAUUGUGCUGUAACACGGAGUGUGGGCCUCGAUGUGUGUCUCAGUGGUUUGCGAGAAAGCCUACUGACCAGUGUCCAGAGGAGGACACCCUCUCCAAGUUCUGUCGGAUCAGCACUGGGCAUUCUUGCCAGGACAGCCAGGACUGUGAUGGAUACCACUUGUGUUGUGAUGCUGGCUGUGGGAAGAAGUGCACCCCAAAGUGUUUCACAGGAGAGAACGGAACUUGUCCCUUCCGUGGGAGGCUGACGAUGUUGUGCAACACGACCCUGGGAAAAGACUGCAGGAACGACACGCAGUGUGACGUUUGGCAGAGGUGCUGCCUGGCCAAGGGCUGUGGGGGGAAAUGUGUGCCCACAUUCAUCAGUAAAUUUCUGCCAAAGAAAUGCCCGGAACAUUCCCAAGUGUCUUUCCUGUGUAAGAAAAGCUGGAUCCAAUCUUGUGAGGAUGAUGACGAUUGCCCUUCGUACAAACAGUGCUGUGAUAUUGGAUGUGGCAAGAAAUGUAUCUACUCCUUCAGACGCGGUGAGAGACCUGGAGAGUGCUCGAGCCCCAGUCAACUGAGCUAUGUCUGUAACACAACUCUGGGCAGGGAGUGUCAAAGUGAGAGUGACUGUGGCAGGUGGGGGACAUGCUGCUUUACCCCAUGUGGGUCAAGAUGUGUCCUCAAGCACUUCAGAGAUGAUAAUGGGCAGUGCCCUCGCCCCGACCAUCUUGCCUGUGUGUGUAACUCCACCUUUGGGAGGGUGUGUGAGUCAGAUGGAGAUUGUGCUGGAUCUCAAAGGUGCUGUGAUGCUGGUUGUCAGAAACGCUGUGUCCCGUCAUUCUACAGGAAGUCUGAUGGAGACUGGGGGAAAUCUGAGCAGUGUCCAAAGGUGUCCAGCCUGGAUCGUGUCUGCAGGAUGAAUCACAGCAUCUCGUGUGAAGACAAUGAGGACUGUGGGAAGUGGACGUCAUGUUGUGAGACUCCGUGUGGUAGACGCUGUGUGCACUCGUUCAUGGGACAGAACCGCAAUGUGUCAGUCUCAGUGUCUGUCACAGAUCGGACGUUUGGAAUGUGUCCUUCCCCUCAGCGCCUGUCUGCAGUGUGUGACAUGAAGUACGGUGAGCUGUGUGAGGAUGAUAACGACUGCUAUGCCUGGCAGACCUGCUGCAACACCAGUUGUGGGCAACGCUGUGUGCAUUCUUUCCACGGCAGGAGGAGUGAAGAAAGGUGUCCGUCAGCUUCCAGACUGAGGCACGUCUGCUCCGAGAGUUUCCAUACUCAGUGCGAUAAGGACAGUGACUGCGAAGAUUGGCAGACCUGCUGCAAUACCUCCUGUGGGAAUAGAUGUGUCUCCAAGUUCCUGACCAGAUCGACCCAAUGCCCUGCUUCCACACGCCUGGACCCGUUCUGUGAGAUGAAGCUGGGAGAUGUGUGUAUGAGUGACGCUGAUUGCUUUGCCUGGUCCUCGUGCUGCGAUGCUAACUGCGGAAAGAGAUGUGUGCCUCGUUUCCUCAUGGGCCGAGAUGAGAGCUGUCCCGCUCCCCACCGCCUCGAACCCAUGUGUGACAUGAAACUGGGAGAUCAGUGCAACGGAGAUGAAGACUGUGAUGCCUGGCAGAGCUGCUGUCAGAGCAAGUGUGGAAAAGUCUGUAUCCCCAGCAUCAUGGAUGAUGAUGAUGAGGGAGACUGCCCUGAUCGAUACCGGGCAAAGUGGAUCUGUGAGAGGAACUCGAGCAUGUCGUGUGUGAGGGACGAAGACUGCAGGAGCUGGGAGCAAUGCUGCGACGUGGGCUGCGGGAGGAGAUGUGUCCGCAGCAGCUCACUGCACAAGGGAGGGGCGCAGUGCCCACAGAGCAGUGCCCUGGGCAAGGUCUGCACCAUGAAGCUGGGAGAUGAAUGUGAAGCAGACACUGACUGUGACCGUUGGCAGAUGUGCUGUGACGCCGGCUGCGGAAAAAGAUGCGUCUUUCGUUUCUUCAAAGGAGAGAACAGGAGCUGCCCAGCUGCCGAACGCCUUACCCCGAUGUGUGACAUCAACUACGGCCAGGAGUGUCGAAACGACGAUGACUGUGAUCUGUGGCUGUCGUGCUGUGAGGCUGGAUGUGGGAAGCGAUGUGUCCGUCGGUAUUACGCACAUGAAACAGGAAAGCGAGACGCGCAGUGUCCCAAACCAUCCCAAACUCAACAUAUCUGUGACCGGGACGACGGUGAGGAAUGUGAGGGAGAUGACGACUGCACAAGGUGGAAGCGAUGCUGUCAGGUCGGAGAUUGCGGAAAACGCUGUGUCUACGGGGUCCGCAGGCGAGCGGAAGCGUUCGAAUGUCCAGCGCAGUCUCGCCUCCAGCCCAUUUGUCAGAUGAAACUGGGCUCUCAAUGUUCCACUGAUGACGACUGCGAUAUCUGGCAAAGGUGUUGUGAGACCGGAUGUGGGAAGAGAUGUGUCAUGAGUUUCAAGCCUGGAGAGCACGGAUCCACGUGUCCGGAUGGGACCAGACUGCAUUAUGUCUGUCGAAUGAACUUCACCUCUCGCUGCGACGGUGACGAUUCCUGUGGUCACUGGGCAUCGUGCUGUAACACGGAGUGUGGGCCUCGAUGUGUGUCACAGUGGUUUGCGAGAAAGCCUACUGACCAGUGUCCAGAGGAGGACACCCUCUCCAAGUUCUGUCGGAUCAGCACUGGGCAUUCUUGCCAGGACAGCCAGGACUGUGAUGGAUACCACUUGUGUUGUGAUGCUGGCUGUGGGAAGAAGUGCACCCCAAAGUGUUUCACAGGAGAGAACGGAACUUGUCCCUUCCGUGGGAGGCUGACGAUGUUGUGCAACACGACCCUGGGAAAAGACUGCAGGAACGACACGCAGUGUGACGUCUGGCAGAGGUGCUGCCUGGCCAAGGGCUGUGGGGGGAAAUGUGUGCCCACAUUCAUCAGUAAAUUUCUGCCAAAGAAAUGCCCGGAACAUUCCCAAGUGUCUUUCCUGUGUAAGAAAAGCUGGAUCCAAUCUUGUGAGGAUGAUGACGAUUGCCCUUCGUACAAACAGUGCUGUGAUAUUGGAUGUGGCAAGAAAUGUAUCUACUCCUUCAGACGCGGUGAGAGACCUGGAGAGUGCUCGAGCCCCAGUCAACUGAGCUAUGUCUGUAACACAACUCUGGGCAGGGAGUGUAAAAGUGAGAGUGACUGUGGCAGGUGGGGGACAUGCUGCUUUACCCCAUGUGGGUCAAGAUGUGUCCUCAAGCACUUCAGAGAUGAUAAUGGGCAGUGCCCUCGCCCCGACCAUCUUGCCUGUGUGUGUAACUCCACCUUUGGGAGGGUGUGUGAGUCAGAUGGAGAUUGUGCUGGAUCUCAAAGGUGCUGUGAUGCUGGUUGUCAGAAACGCUGUGUCCCGUCGUUCUACAGGAAGUCUGAUGGAGACUGGGGGAAAUCUGAGCAGUGUCCAAAGGUGUCCAGCCUGGAUCGUGUCUGCAGGAUGAAUCACAGCAUCUCGUGUGAAGACAAUGAGGACUGUGGGAAGUGGACGUCAUGUUGUGAGACUCCGUGUGGUAGACGCUGUGUGCACUCGUUCAUGGGACAGAACCGCAAUGUGUCAGUCUCAGUGUCUGUCACAGAUCGGACGUUUGGAAUGUGUCCUUCCCCUCAGCGCCUGUCUGCAGUGUGUGACAUGAAGUACGGUGAGCUGUGUGAGGAUGAUAACGACUGCUAUGCCUGGCAGACCUGCUGCAACACCAGUUGUGGGCAACGCUGUGUGCAUUCUUUCCACGGCAGGAGGAGUGAAGAAAGGUGUCCGUCAGCUUCCAGACUGAGGCACGUCUGCUCCGAGAGUUUCCAUACUCAGUGCGAUAAGGACAGUGACUGCGAAGAUUGGCAGACCUGCUGCAAUACCUCCUGUGGGAAUAGAUGUGUCUCCAAGUUCCUGACCAGAUCGACCCAAUGCCCUGCUUCCACACGCCUGGACCCGUUCUGUGAGAUGAAGCUGGGAGAUGUGUGUAUGAGUGACGCUGAUUGCUUUGCCUGGUCCUCGUGCUGCGAUGCUAACUGCGGAAAGAGAUGUGUGCCUCGUUUCCUCAUGGGCCGAGAUGAUAGCUGUCCCGCUCCCCACCGCCUCGAACCCAUGUGUGACAUGAAACUGGGAGAUCAGUGCAACGGAGAUGAAGACUGUGAUGCCUGGCAGAGCUGCUGUCAGAGCAAGUGUGGAAAAGUCUGUAUCCCCAGCAUCAUGGAUGAUGAUGAGGAGGGAGACUGCCCUGAUCGAUACCGGGCAAAGUGGAUCUGUGAGAGGAACUCGAGCAUGUCGUGUGUGAGGGACGAAGACUGCAGGAGCUGGGAGCAAUGCUGCGACGUGGGCUGCGGGAGGAGAUGUGUCCGCAGCAGCUCACUGCACAAGGGAGGUGCGCAGUGCCCACAGAGCAGUGCCCUGGGCAAGGUCUGCACCAUGAAGCUGGGAGAUGAAUGUGAAGCAGACACUGACUGUGACCGUUGGCAGAUGUGCUGUGACGCCGGCUGCGGAAAAAGAUGCGUCUUUCGUUUCUUCAAAGGAGAGAACAGGAGCUGCCCAGCUGCCGAACGCCUUACCCCGAUGUGUGACAUCAACUACGGCCAGGAGUGUCGAAACGACGAUGACUGUGAUCUGUGGCUGUCGUGCUGUGAGGCUGGAUGUGGGAAGCGAUGUGUCCGUCGGUAUUACGCACAUGAAACAGGAAUGCGAGACGCACAGUGUCCCAAACCAUCCCAAACUCAACAUAUCUGUGACCGGGACGACGGUGAGGAAUGUGAGGGAGAUGACGACUGCACAAGGUGGAAGCGAUGCUGUCAGGUCGGAGAUUGCGGAAAACGCUGUGUCUACGGGGUCCGCAGGCGAGCGGAAGCGUUCGAAUGUCCAGCGCAGUCUCGCCUCCAGCCCAUUUGUCAGAUGAAACUGGGCUCUCAAUGUUCCACUGAUGACGACUGCGAUAUCUGGCAAAGGUGUUGUGAGACCGGAUGUGGGAAGAGAUGUGUCAUGAGUUUCAAGCCUGGAGAGCACGGAUCCACGUGUCCGGAUGGGACCAGACUGCAUUAUGUCUGUCGAAUGAACUUCACCUCUCGCUGCGACGGUGACGAUUCCUGUGGUCACUGGGCAUCGUGCUGUAACACGGAGUGUGGGCCUCGAUGUGUGUCACAGUGGUUUGCGAGAAAGCCUACUGACCAGUGUCCAGAGGAGGACACCCUCUCCAAGUUCUGUCGGAUCAGCACUGGGCAUUCUUGCCAGGACAGCCAGGACUGUGAUGGAUACCACUUGUGUUGUGAUGCUGGCUGUGGGAAGAAGUGCACCCCAAAGUGUUUCACAGGAGAGAACGGAACUUGUCCCUUCCGUGGGAGGCUGACGAUGUUGUGCAACACGACCCUGGGAAAAGACUGCAGGAACGACACGCAGUGUGACGUCUGGCAGAGGUGCUGCCUGGCCAAGGGCUGUGGUGGGAAAUGUGUGCCCACAUUCAUCAGUAAAUUUCUGCCAAAGAAAUGCCCGGAACAUUCCCAAGUGUCUUUCCUGUGUAAGAAAAGCUGGAUCCAAUCUUGUGAGGAUGAUGACGAUUGCCCUUCGUACAAACAGUGCUGUGAUAUUGGAUGUGGCAAGAAAUGUAUCUACUCCUUCAGACGCGGUGAGAGACCUGGAGAGUGCUCGAGCCCCAGUCAACUGAGCUAUGUCUGUAACACAACUCUGGGCAGGGAGUGUCAAAGUGAGAGUGACUGUGGCAGGUGGGGGACAUGCUGCUUUACCCCAUGUGGGUCAAGAUGUGUCCUCAAGCACUUCAGAGAUGAUAAUGGGCAGUGCCCUCGCCCCGACCAUCUUGCCUGUGUGUGUAACUCCACCUUUGGGAGGGUGUGUGAGUCAGAUGGAGAUUGUGCUGGAUCUCAAAGGUGCUGUGAUGCUGGUUGUCAGAAACGCUGUGUCCCGUCGUUCUACAGGAAGUCUGAUGGAGACUGGGGGAAAUCUGAGCAGUGUCCAAAGGUGUCCAGCCUGGAUCGUGUCUGCAGGAUGAAUCACAGCAUCUCGUGUGAAGACAAUGAGGACUGUGGGAAGUGGACGUCAUGUUGUGAGACUCCGUGUGGUAGACGCUGUGUGCACUCGUUCAUGGGACAGAACCGCAAUGUGUCAGUCUCAGUGUCUGUCACAGAUCGGACGUUUGGAAUGUGUCCUUCCCCUCAGCGCCUGUCUGCAGUGUGUGACAUGAAGUACGGUGAGCUGUGUGAGGAUGAUAACGACUGCUAUGCCUGGCAGACCUGCUGCAACACCAGUUGUGGGCAACGCUGUGUGCAUUCUUUCCACGGCAGGAGGAGUGAAGAAAGGUGUCCGUCAGCUUCCAGACUGAGGCACGUCUGCUCCGAGAGUUUCCAUACUCAGUGCGAUAAGGACAGUGACUGCGAAGAUUGGCAGACCUGCUGCAAUACCUCCUGUGGGAAUAGAUGUGUCUCCAAGUUCCUGACCAGAUCGACCCAAUGCCCUGCUUCCACACGCCUGGACCCGUUCUGUGAGAUGAAGCUGGGAGAUGUGUGUAUGAGUGACGCUGAUUGCUUUGCCUGGUCCUCGUGCUGCGAUGCUAACUGCGGAAAGAGAUGUGUGCCUCGUUUCCUCAUGGGCCGAGAUGAUAGCUGUCCCGCUCCCCACCGCCUCGAACCCAUGUGUGACAUGAAACUGGGAGAUCAGUGCAACGGAGAUGAAGACUGUGAUGCCUGGCAGAGCUGCUGUCAGAGCAAGUGUGGAAAAGUCUGUAUCCCCAGCAUCAUGGAUGAUGAUGAGGAGGGAGACUGCCCUGAUCGAUACCGGGCAAAGUGGAUCUGUGAGAGGAACUCGAGCAUGUCGUGUGUGAGGGACGAAGACUGCAGGAGCUGGGAGCAAUGCUGCGACGUGGGCUGCGGGAGGAGAUGUGUCCGCAGCAGCUCACUGCACAAGGGAGGGGCGCAGUGCCCACAGAGCAGUGCCCUGGGCAAGGUCUGCACCAUGAAGCUGGGAGAUGAAUGUGAAGCAGACACUGACUGUGACCGUUGGCAGAUGUGCUGUGACGCCGGCUGCGGAAAAAGAUGCGUCUUUCGUUUCUUCAAAGGAGAGAACAGGAGCUGCCCAGCUGCCGAACGCCUUACCCCGAUGUGUGACAUCAACUACGGCCAGGAGUGUCAAAACGACGAUGACUGUGAUCUGUGGCUGUCGUGCUGUGAGGCUGGAUGUGGGAAGCGAUGUGUCCGUCGGUAUUACGCACAUGAAACAGGAAAGCGAGACGCACAGUGUCCCAAACCAUCCCAAACUCAACAUAUCUGUGACCGGGACGACGGUGAGGAAUGUGAGGGAGAUGACGACUGCACAAGGUGGAAGCGAUGCUGUCAGGUCGGAGAUUGCGGAAAACGCUGUGUCUACGGGGUCCGCAGGCGAGCGGAAGCGUUCGAAUGUCCAGCGCAGUCUCGCCUCCAGCCCAUUUGUCAGAUGAAACUGGGCUCUCAAUGUUCCACUGAUGACGACUGCGAUAUCUGGCAAAGGUGUUGUGAGACCGGAUGUGGGAAGAGAUGUGUCAUGAGUUUCAAGCCUGGAGAGCACGGAUCCACGUGUCCGGAUGGGACCAGACUGCAUUAUGUCUGUCGAAUGAACUUCACCUCUCGCUGCGACGGUGACGAUUCCUGUGGUCACUGGGCAUCGUGCUGUAACACGGAGUGUGGGCCUCGAUGUGUGUCACAGUGGUUUGCGAGAAAGCCUACUGACCAGUGUCCAGAGGAGGACACCCUCUCCAAGUUCUGUCGGAUCAGCACUGGGCAUUCUUGCCAGGACAGCCAGGACUGUGAUGGAUACCACUUGUGUUGUGAUGCUGGCUGUGGGAAGAAGUGCACCCCAAAGUGUUUCACAGGAGAGAACGGAACUUGUCCCUUCCCUGGGAGGCUGACGAUGUUGUGCAACAUGACCCUGGGAAAAGACUGCAGGAACGACACGCAGUGUGACGUCUGGCAGAGGUGCUGCCUGGCCAAGGGCUGUGGGGGGAAAUGUGUGCCCACAUUCAUCAGUAAAUUUCUGCCAAAGAAAUGCCCGGAACAUUCCCAAGUGUCUUUCCUGUGUAAGAAAAGCUGGAUCCAAUCUUGUGAGGAUGAUGACGAUUGCCCUUCGUACAAACAGUGCUGUGAUAUUGGAUGUGGCAAGAAAUGUAUCUACUCCUUCAGACGCGGUGAGAGACCUGGAGAGUGCUCGAGCCCCAGUCAACUGAGCUAUGUCUGUAACACAACUCUGGGCAGGGAGUGUAAAAGUGAGAGUGACUGUGGCAGGUGGGGGACAUGCUGCUUUACCCCAUGUGGGUCAAGAUGUGUCCUCAAGCACUUCAGAGAUGAUAAUGGGCAGUGCCCUCGCCCCGACCAUCUUGCCUGUGUGUGUAACUCCACCUUUGGGAGGGUGUGUGAGUCAGAUGGAGAUUGUGCUGGAUCUCAAAGGUGCUGUGAUGCUGGUUGUCAGAAACGCUGUGUCCCGUCGUUCUACAGGAAGUCUGAUGGAGACUGGGGGAAAUCUGAGCAGUGUCCAAAGGUGUCCAGCCUGGAUCGUGUCUGCAGGAUGAAUCACAGCAUCUCGUGUGAAGACAAUGAGGACUGUGGGAAGUGGACGUCAUGUUGUGAGACUCCGUGUGGUAGACGCUGUGUGCACUCGUUCAUGGGACAGAACCGCAAUGUGUCAGUCUCAGUGUCUGUCACAGAUCGGACGUUUGGAAUGUGUCCUUCCCCUCAGCGCCUGUCUGCAGUGUGUGACAUGAAGUACGGUGAGCUGUGUGAGGAUGAUAACGACUGCUAUGCCUGGCAGACCUGCUGCAACACCAGUUGUGGGCAACGCUGUGUGCAUUCUUUCCACGGCAGGAGGAGUGAAGAAAGGUGUCCGUCAGCUUCCAGACUGAGGCACGUCUGCUCCGAGAGUUUCCAUACUCAGUGCGAUAAGGACAGUGACUGCGAAGAUUGGCAGACCUGCUGCAAUACCUCCUGUGGGAAUAGAUGUGUCUCCAAGUUCCUGACCAGAUCGACCCAAUGCCCUGCUUCCACACGCCUGGACCCGUUCUGUGAGAUGAAGCUGGGAGAUGUGUGUAUGAGUGACGCUGAUUGCUUUGCCUGGUCCUCGUGCUGCGAUGCUAACUGCGGAAAGAGAUGUGUGCCUCGUUUCCUCAUGGGCCGAGAUGAUAGCUGUCCCGCUCCCCACCGCCUCGAACCCAUGUGUGACAUGAAACUGGGAGAUCAGUGCAACGGAGAUGAAGACUGUGAUGCCUGGCAGAGCUGCUGUCAGAGCAAGUGUGGAAAAGUCUGUAUCCCCAGCAUCAUGGAUGAUGAUGAGGAGGGAGACUGCCCUGAUCGAUACCGGGCAAAGUGGAUCUGUGAGAGGAACUCGAGCAUGUCGUGUGUGAGGGACGAAGACUGCAGGAGCUGGGAGCAAUGCUGCGACGUGGGCUGCGGGAGGAGAUGUGUCCGCAGCAGCUCACUGCACAAGGGAGGGGCGCAGUGCCCACAGAGCAGUGCCCUGGGCAAGGUCUGCACCAUGAAGCUGGGAGAUGAAUGUGAAGCAGACACUGACUGUGACCGUUGGCAGAUGUGCUGUGACGCCGGCUGCGGAAAAAGAUGCGUCUUUCGUUUCUUCAAAGGAGAGAACAGGAGCUGCCCAGCUGCCGAACGCCUUACCCCGAUGUGUGACAUCAACUACGGCCAGGAGUGUCGAAACGACGAUGACUGUGAUCUGUGGCUGUCGUGCUGUGAGGCUGGAUGUGGGAAGCGAUGUGUCCGUCGGUAUUACGCACAUGAAACAGGAAAGCGAGACGCGCAGUGUCCCAAACCAUCCCAAACUCAACAUAUCUGUGACCGGGACGACGGUGAGGAAUGUGAGGGAGAUGACGACUGCACAAGGUGGAAGCGAUGCUGUCAGGUCGGAGAUUGCGGAAAACGCUGUGUCUACGGGGUCCGCAGGCGAGCGGAAGCGUUCGAAUGUCCAGCGCAGUCUCGCCUCCAGCCCAUUUGUCAGAUGAAACUGGGCUCUCAAUGUUCCACUGAUGACGACUGCGAUAUCUGGCAAAGAUGUUGUGAGACCGGAUGUGGGAAGAGAUGUGUCAUGAGUUUCAAGCCUGGAGAGCACGGAUCCACGUGUCCGGAUGGGACCAGACUGCAUUAUGUCUGUCGAAUGAACUUCACCUCUCGCUGCGACGGUGACGAUUCCUGUGGUCACUGGGCAUCGUGCUGUAACACGGAGUGUGGGCCUCGAUGUGUGUCACAGUGGUUUGCGAGAAAGCCUACUGACCAGUGUCCAGAGGAGGACACCCUCUCCAAGUUCUGUCGGAUCAGCACUGGGCAUUCUUGCCAGGACAGCCAGGACUGUGAUGGAUACCACUUGUGUUGUGAUGCUGGCUGUGGGAAGAAGUGCACCCCAAAGUGUUUCACAGGAGAGAACGGAACUUGUCCCUUCCCUGGGAGGCUGACGAUGUUGUGCAACACGACCCUGGGAAAAGACUGCAGGAACGACACGCAGUGUGACGUCUGGCAGAGGUGCUGCCUGGCCAAGGGCUGUGGGGGGAAAUGUGUGCCCACAUUCAUCAGUAAAUUUCUGCCAAAGAAAUGCCCGGAACAUUCCCAAGUGUCUUUCCUGUGUAAGAAAAGCUGGAUCCAAUCUUGUGAGGAUGAUGACGAUUGCCCUUCGUACAAACAGUGCUGUGAUAUUGGAUGUGGCAAGAAAUGUAUCUACUCCUUCAGACGCGGUGAGAGACCUGGAGAGUGCUCGAGCCCCAGUCAACUGAGCUAUGUCUGUAACACAACUCUGGGCAGGGAGUGUAAAAGUGAGAGUGACUGUGGCAGGUGGGGGACAUGCUGCUUUACCCCAUGUGGGUCAAGAUGUGUCCUCAAGCACUUCAGAGAUGAUAAUGGGCAGUGCCCUCGCCCCGACCAUCUUGCCUGUGUGUGUAACUCCACCUUUGGGAGGGUGUGUGAGUCAGAUGGAGAUUGUGCUGGAUCUCAAAGGUGCUGUGAUGCUGGUUGUCAGAAACGCUGUGUCCCGUCGUUCUACAGGAAGUCUGAUGGAGACUGGGGGAAAUCUGAGCAGUGUCCAAAGGUGUCCAGCCUGGAUCGUGUCUGCAGGAUGAAUCACAGCAUCUCGUGUGAAGACAAUGAGGACUGUGGGAAGUGGACGUCAUGUUGUGAGACUCCGUGUGGUAGACGCUGUGUGCACUCGUUCAUGGGACAGAACCGCAAUGUGUCAGUCUCAGUGUCUGUCACAGAUCGGACGUUUGGAAUGUGUCCUUCCCCUCAGCGCCUGUCUGCAGUGUGUGACAUGAAGUACGGUGAGCUGUGUGAGGAUGAUAACGACUGCUAUGCCUGGCAGACCUGCUGCAACACCAGUUGUGGGCAACGCUGUGUGCAUUCUUUCCACGGCAGGAGGAGUGAAGAAAGGUGUCCGUCAGCUUCCAGACUGAGGCACGUCUGCUCCGAGAGUUUCCAUACUCAGUGCGAUAAGGACAGUGACUGCGAAGAUUGGCAGACCUGCUGCAAUACCUCCUGUGGGAAUAGAUGUGUCUCCAAGUUCCUGACCAGAUCGACCCAAUGCCCUGCUUCCACACGCCUGGACCCGUUCUGUGAGAUGAAGCUGGGAGAUGUGUGUAUGAGUGACGCUGAUUGCUUUGCCUGGUCCUCGUGCUGCGAUGCUAACUGCGGAAAGAGAUGUGUGCCUCGUUUCCUCAUGGGCCGUGAUGAUAGCUGUCCCGCUCCCCACCGCCUCGAACCCAUGUGUGACAUGAAACUGGGAGAUCAGUGCAACGGAGAUGAAGACUGUGAUGCCUGGCAGAGCUGCUGUCAGAGCAAGUGUGGAAAAGUCUGUAUCCCCAGCAUCAUGGAUGAUGAUGAGGAGGGAGACUGCCCUGAUCGAUACCGGGCAAAGUGGAUCUGUGAGAGGAACUCGAGCAUGUCGUGUGUGAGGGACGAAGACUGCAGGAGCUGGGAGCAAUGCUGCGACGUGGGCUGCGGGAGGAGAUGUGUCCGCAGCAGCUCACUGCACAAGGGAGGGGCGCAGUGCCCACAGAGCAGUGCCCUGGGCAAGGUCUGCACCAUGAAGCUGGGAGAUGAAUGUGAAGCAGACACUGACUGUGACCGUUGGCAGAUGUGCUGUGACGCCGGCUGCGGAAGAAGAUGCGUCUUUCGUUUCUUCAAAGGAGAGAACAGGAGCUGCCCAGCUGCCGAACGCCUUACCCCGAUGUGUGACAUCAACUACGGCCAGGAGUGUCGAAACGACGAUGACUGUGAUCUGUGGCUGUCGUGCUGUGAGGCUGGAUGUGGGAAGCGAUGUGUCCGUCGGUAUUACGCACAUGAAACAGGAAAGCGAGACGCGCAGUGUCCCAAACCAUCCCAAACUCAACAUAUCUGUGACCGGGACGACGGUGAGGAAUGUGAGGGAGAUGACGACUGCACAAGGUGGAAGCGAUGCUGUCAGGUCGGAGAUUGCGGAAAACGCUGUGUCUACGGGGUCCGCAGGCGAGCGGAAGCGUUCGAAUGUCCAGCGCAGUCUCGCCUCCAGCCCAUUUGUCAGAUGAAACUGGGCUCUCAAUGUUCCACUGAUGACGACUGCGAUAUCUGGCAAAGAUGUUGUGAGACCGGAUGUGGGAAGAGAUGUGUCAUGAGUUUCAAGCCUGGAGAGCACGGAUCCACGUGUCCGGAUGGGACCAGACUGCAUUAUGUCUGUCGAAUGAACUUCACCUCUCGCUGCGACGGUGACGAUUCCUGUGGUCACUGGGCAUCGUGCUGUAACACGGAGUGUGGGCCUCGAUGUGUGUCACAGUGGUUUGCGAGAAAGCCUACUGACCAGUGUCCAGAGGAGGACACCCUCUCCAAGUUCUGUCGGAUCAGCACUGGGCAUUCUUGCCAGGACAGCCAGGACUGUGAUGGAUACCACUUGUGUUGUGAUGCUGGCUGUGGGAAGAAGUGCACCCCAAAGUGUUUCACAGGAGAGAACGGAACUUGUCCCUUCCCUGGGAGGCUGACGAUGUUGUGCAACACGACCCUGGGAAAAGACUGCAGGAACGACACGCAGUGUGACGUCUGGCAGAGGUGCUGCCUGGCCAAGGGCUGUGGGGGGAAAUGUGUGCCCACAUUCAUCAGUAAAUUUCUGCCAAAGAAAUGCCCGGAACAUUCCCAAGUGUCUUUCCUGUGUAAGAAAAGCUGGAUCCAAUCUUGUGAGGAUGAUGACGAUUGCCCUUCGUACAAACAGUGCUGUGAUAUUGGAUGUGGCAAGAAAUGUAUCUACUCCUUCAGACGCGGUGAGAGACCUGGAGAGUGCUCGAGCCCCAGUCAACUGAGCUAUGUCUGUAACACAACUCUGGGCAGGGAGUGUAAAAGUGAGAGUGACUGUGGCAGGUGGGGGACAUGCUGCUUUACCCCAUGUGGGUCAAGAUGUGUCCUCAAGCACUUCAGAGAUGAUAAUGGGCAGUGCCCUCGCCCCGACCAUCUUGCCUGUGUGUGUAACUCCACCUUUGGGAGGGUGUGUGAGUCAGAUGGAGAUUGUGCUGGAUCUCAAAGGUGCUGUGAUGCUGGUUGUCAGAAACGCUGUGUCCCGUCGUUCUACAGGAAGUCUGAUGGAGACUGGGGGAAAUCUGAGCAGUGUCCAAAGGUGUCCAGCCUGGAUCGUGUCUGCAGGAUGAAUCACAGCAUCUCGUGUGAAGACAAUGAGGACUGUGGGAAGUGGACGUCAUGUUGUGAGACUCCGUGUGGUAGACGCUGUGUGCACUCGUUCAUGGGACAGAACCGCAAUGUGUCAGUCUCAGUGUCUGUCACAGAUCGGACGUUUGGAAUGUGUCCUUCCCCUCAGCGCCUGUCUGCAGUGUGUGACAUGAAGUACGGUGAGCUGUGUGAGGAUGAUAACGACUGCUAUGCCUGGCAGACCUGCUGCAACACCAGUUGUGGGCAACGCUGUGUGCAUUCUUUCCACGGCAGGAGGAGUGAAGAAAGGUGUCCGUCAGCUUCCAGACUGAGGCACGUCUGCUCCGAGAGUUUCCAUACUCAGUGCGAUAAGGACAGUGACUGCGAAGAUUGGCAGACCUGCUGCAAUACCUCCUGUGGGAAUAGAUGUGUCUCCAAGUUCCUGACCAGAUCGACCCAAUGCCCUGCUUCCACACGCCUGGACCCGUUCUGUGAGAUGAAGCUGGGAGAUGUGUGUAUGAGUGACGCUGAUUGCUUUGCCUGGUCCUCGUGCUGCGAUGCUAACUGCGGAAAGAGAUGUGUGCCUCGUUUCCUCAUGGGCCGUGAUGAUAGCUGUCCCGCUCCCCACCGCCUCGAACCCAUGUGUGACAUGAAACUGGGAGAUCAGUGCAACGGAGAUGAAGACUGUGAUGCCUGGCAGAGCUGCUGUCAGAGCAAGUGUGGAAAAGUCUGUAUCCCCAGCAUCAUGGAUGAUGAUGAGGAGGGAGACUGCCCUGAUCGAUACCGGGCAAAGUGGAUCUGUGAAAGGAACUCGAGCAUGUCGUGUGUGAGGGACGAAGACUGCAGGAGCUGGGAGCAAUGCUGCGACGUGGGCUGCGGGAGGAGAUGUGUCCGCAGCAGCUCACUGCACAAGGGAGGUGCGCAGUGCCCACAGAGCAGUGCCCUGGGCAAGGUCUGCACCAUGAAGCUGGGAGAUGAAUGUGAAGCAGACACUGACUGUGACCGUUGGCAGAUGUGCUGUGACGCCGGCUGCGGAAAAAGAUGCGUCUUUCGUUUCUUCAAAGGAGAGAACAGGAGCUGCCCAGCUGCCGAACGCCUUACCCCGAUGUGUGACAUCAACUACGGCCAGGAGUGUCGAAACGACGAUGACUGUGAUCUGUGGCUGUCGUGCUGUGAGGCUGGAUGUGGGAAGCGAUGUGUCCGUCGGUAUUACGCACAUGAAACAGGAAAGCGAGACGCACAGUGUCCCAAACCAUCCCAAACUCAACAUAUCUGUGACCGGGACGACGGUGAGGAAUGUGAGGGAGAUGACGACUGCACAAGGUGGAAGCGAUGCUGUCAGGUCGGAGAUUGCGGAAAACGCUGUGUCUACGGGGUCCGCAGGCGAGCGGAAGGGUUCGAAUGUCCAGCGCAGUCUCGCCUCCAGCCCAUUUGUCAGAUGAAACUGGGCUCUCAAUGUUCCACUGAUGACGACUGCGAUAUCUGGCAAAGGUGUUGUGAGACCGGAUGUGGGAAGAGAUGUGUCAUGAGUUUCAAGCCUGGAGAGCACGGAUCCACGUGUCCGGAUGGGACCAGACUGCAUUAUGUCUGUCGAAUGAACUUCACCUCUCGCUGCGACGGUGACGAUUCCUGUGGUCACUGGGCAUCGUGCUGUAACACGGAGUGUGGGCCUCGAUGUUUGUCACAGUGGUUUGCGAGAAAGCCUACUGACCAGUGUCCAGAGGAGGACACCCUCUCCAAGUUCUGUCGGAUCAGCACUGGGCAUUCUUGCCAGGACAGCCAGGACUGUGAUGGAUACCACUUGUGUUGUGAUGCUGGCUGUGGGAAGAAGUGCACCCCAAAGUGUUUCACAGGAGAGAACGGAACUUGUCCCUUCCCUGGGAGGCUGACGAUGUUGUGCAACACGACCCUGGGAAAAGACUGCAGGAACGACACGCAGUGUGACGUCUGGCAGAGGUGCUGCCUGGCCAAGGGCUGUGGUGGGAAAUGUGUGCCCACAUUCAUCAGUAAAUUUCUGCCAAAGAAAUGCCCGGAACAUUCCCAAGUGUCUUUCCUGUGUAAGAAAAGCUGGAUCCAAUCUUGUGAGGAUGAUGACGAUUGCCCUUCGUACAAACAGUGCUGUGAUAUUGGAUGUGGCAAGAAAUGUAUCUACUCCUUCAGACGCGGUGAGAGACCUGGAGAGUGCUCGAGCCCCAGUCAACUGAGCUAUGUCUGUAACACAACUCUGGGCAGGGAGUGUCAAAGUGAGAGUGACUGUGGCAGGUGGGGGACAUGCUGCUUUACCCCAUGUGGGUCAAGAUGUGUCCUCAAGCACUUCAGAGAUGAUAAUGGGCAGUGCCCUCGCCCCGACCAUCUUGCCUGUGUGUGUAACUCCACCUUUGGGAGGGUGUGUGAGUCAGAUGGAGAUUGUGCUGGAUCUCAAAGGUGCUGUGAUGCUGGUUGUCAGAAACGCUGUGUCCCGUCGUUCUACAGGAAGUCUGAUGGAGACUGGGGGAAAUCUGAGCAGUGUCCAGAGGUGUCCAGCCUGGAUCGUGUCUGCAGGAUGAAUCACAGCAUCUCGUGUGAAGACAAUGAGGACUGUGGGAAGUGGACGUCAUGUUGUGAGACUCCGUGUGGUAGACGCUGUGUGCACUCGUUCAUGGGACAGAACCGUAAUGUGUCAGUCUCAGUGUCUGUCACAGAUCGGACGUUUGGAAUGUGUCCUUCCCCUCAGCGCCUGUCUGCAGUGUGUGACAUGAAGUACGGUGAGCUGUGUGAGGAUGAUAACGACUGCUAUGCCUGGCAGACCUGCUGCAACACCAGUUGUGGGCAACGCUGUGUGCAUUCUUUCCACGGCAGGAGGAGUGAAGAAAGGUGUCCGUCAGCUUCCAGACUGAGGCACGUCUGCUCCGAGAGUUUCCAUACUCAGUGCGAUAAGGACAGUGACUGCGAAGAUUGGCAGACCUGCUGCAAUACCUCCUGUGGGAAUAGAUGUGUCUCCAAGUUUCUGACCAGAUCGACCCAAUGCCCUGCUUCCACACGCCUGGACCCGUUCUGUGAGAUGAAGCUGGGAGAUGUGUGUAUGAGUGACGCUGAUUGCUUUGCCUGGUCCUCGUGCUGCGAUGCUAACUGCGGAAAGAGAUGUGUGCCUCGUUUCCUCAUGGGCCGAGAUGAUAGCUGUCCCGCUCCCCACCGCCUCGAACCCAUGUGUGACAUGAACCUGGGAGAUCAGUGCAACGGAGAUGAAGACUGUGAUGCCUGGCAGAGCUGCUGUCAGAGCAAGUGUGGAAAAGUCUGUAUCCCCAGCAUCAUGGAUGAUGAUGAGGAGGGAGACUGCCCUGAUCGAUACCGGGCAAAGUGGAUCUGUGAGAGGAACUCGAGCAUGUCGUGUGUGAGGGACGAAGACUGCAGGAGCUGGGAGCAAUGCUGCGACGUGGGCUGCGGGAGGAGAUGUGUCCGCAGCAGCUCACUGCACAAGGGAGGGGCGCAGUGCCCACAGAGCAGUGCCCUGGGCAAGGUCUGCACCAUGAAGCUGGGAGAUGAAUGUGAAGCAGACACUGACUGUGACCGUUGGCAGAUGUGCUGUGACGCCGGCUGCGGAAGAAGAUGCGUCUUUCGUUUCUUCAAAGGAGAGAACAGGAGCUGCCCAGCUGCCGAACGCCUUACCCCGAUGUGUGACAUCAACUACGGCCAGGAGUGUCGAAACGACGAUGACUGUGAUCUGUGGCUGUCGUGCUGUGAGGCUGGAUGUGGGAAGCGAUGUGUCCGUCGGUAUUACGCACAUGGAAAGCGAGACGCGCAGUGUCCCAAACCAUCCCAAACUCAACAUAUCUGUGACCGGGACGACGGUGAGGAAUGUGAGGGAGACGACGACUGCACAAGGUGGAAGCGAUGCUGUCAGGUCGGAGAUUGCGGAAAACGCUGUGUCUACGGGGUCCGCAGGCGAGAGAACUGCCGCUCCGACGGGGACUGCAGCCCUCAUCAACAGUGCUGCAAAGGACAAUGCCAGCUGAAGUGCAAAUCGUCUGCAGAUGAUCCAACUCAGUCUGACUCUGAGGCAUCUUCCCCAGGCAGAGCUCGAGGAGGAGGGAAGGAGAGACCUGGCCACGGCAGGAAUCCGGACUCGGGGAGGAAGGAGGAAACGAGAGUUGUGAUCCCGCAGGAUGAAAACGGUGACGAUGAAGGCAUUGCUGCUUGUUUCAGAGCAGAAUGAUUAAAACGGGUAGCGAGAGAGAGUGAGGCGGGGAGAAAGGUGUUUUUUGUGGGGAAUGGGUGUACCACAGGUAGAGAAAUAGGUCAGUAGACUGUGGUGGGGGCGAUGGGAGGACGAGAUGUAACAUCAUCAGCGUAACAUAAAUACUUGGUUCGUUUUAGUAAAGGGAGGACACUGUCUAACAGUCUGAGCACAGGGAAAGUCAGCAUUGUGUAACAGGAGCGAAAGUAUUCUGCAAAUAAAUUCUACAUGCUGCAA